AUGAUUUUUCCUCAAAAUUCUUCGUCGAAUCGGUAUGACGAUGUUUCGCUGAGUAUCAAUCGUUAUAUCGCGCCGAUUGUACUUUGUUUUGGUACUGUUGGAAAUACUCUGAAUAUUUUUCUUUUAUCUCAACGAACUCUGCGUACAAAUUCAUGUGCGUGGCUUUUUCUAACAUCGUCCAUCUCAAAUUUGGUUUGUAUUAUGUUUGGUAUGAUCACACGCAUUGGAGAUGGAUGGAAUUUCGAUUUGACGAGAACAAAUCGAUUGCUAUGUCAGCUUCGCGUUUUUCUGGUCUUCUCGUCCAGAACUAUUGGCUUUUGGUUAAUUGCAUUAGCAACUAUUGACCGAUGGCUUUUGUCAUCGAUCGAUGCUAAUUAUCGUAAGAAAAGUUCGUUAAAAAAUGCUCAAAAAGGUGUGAUUAUCAUAACUUGUAUCUCGAUCAUCCUCUAUGCUCAAGUAUUCUACUGUUACGAUGCAAAUCUGCUCACUGCUCCAUUACGAUGUUACAGCAGAACAAUGGAAUGUCGUUUAGCAAAUGAUUUAAUUUAUGUACUGAUGACAAUUAUGAUUCCUCUAACGGCUACGCUUGUCUUUGGAUUGAAGACCAUUUCAAAUGUACGACAAAGCCAGCGACGUAUACGUCAUCUUGCUGUUCAAAAUUUGUCACAAACGCCUACAUUAUCAAGCGCAGAUAAUCCACAGAAUCGGUUGAAGAAGAAAACUGAUCGGCAAAUGCGUCAAGCGCUGUUUGUUCAAGUUAUUAUUUUAAUCAUCUUAGCGUUUCCACAGGCUAUUCAAAAAAUUUAUACGACAGCAACUGAAUAUCGGUAUUCGGAUACUUAUAGCGACAAUCGCUCGUUUGAUACCUUGAUUUAUAACUGUUCUGUUACACUCUCGUUUUUGGCUAGCGGAAUGCCCUUCUAUAUUUACACAUUAUGUGGUGGAGAUAUCUUUCGGAAUGCUUUAUAUGAACUAUUCCAAACAGUAAAAACAAAAAUUGCUCACGUAAUAGAAUAA